UUCUGGAUACGAUAUCCACAGCUGUAUCUGCAAAGUCGAUUCUCUGGGCAAUACAACCUUCAACGAUAUUCCAGGCGUAGAAAUCACUUAUGAUUGCAUCGCCAGUAUCGGCUAUGAUUUCUUCGUAACUUCACAACACUCGGGUGAAACUGUGCUGCUACAUAUUCCCUCCCAGAAAAUAUACAUCAUCAACGCUGCCAGUGGGACAUCAGUAUGGACUCCCAUUUCCCCUUAUCCGCUUCCGAAAUCUAACUUUCCUGACACAGGAAGGCCAUAUCACCAAUGUGAUAUUCAUGCCUACAUACGUGCUGCUAGUUUUCACCCACUACGUAAAUAUGCAGGAAAGGAAAUACUUCGAGCUGUAUCCCCUUCCAGAUCCUAUGUCAGAGGAAGCGGGCGCGCGUGUGCUUCCAACGCAUAGCGGAAAUCUCUCCAUGCACUUCUCGGAAGCUUCGUUCUUUUCUUCUGAUACGUCUGUCGAUGGUCAUGAAAUCAUCUGGUUAGUCGUACUCGCGGGCAUCCAACUCUGGGCUCUCCGUGUCACUCUGCAAUCGGAUAGAAGCAUGACUUUCCACAGCCCGGAUUACGACACGUAUCGUUUCGCCCAGCGUACUAUGGUACAUGGGUUUGACCUGGCUUUUACAGCUACUAGUACUGCAAGUUCGACUAGCAACCCAUGCGGGAGAGGGAUCUCUAGAUUCGCUACGCCGAAGAUAAGCUGGCUGAAAUAUGAUGUUCAUCGCGGUGCUGACGGACGAAUAUCGACUAAAUCAGCGGUUUUGGAUAAUAGAAUCCUUCCGUCUUUCAUUUUGUAUGAUUUCGAUGCUUUCAGGGGUUUGAUUUGUGGAACGACUGACUCUGAGGAGAUCAUAGUGAAGGACUUCGUUAGCUGAUGAAAUUCUGUGAUAUAUCUAUCGAUUUAUAAUAUCCUUGUGUAUAUACGUUUGCCACUCGGUGCUCUAGCGGGUAUGCAACGAAUUACAACAGUAAUUCCCUUACAGUAUGUAUAUACAUAGAGUGUAUACAGGAGUAACCACACAUAUUUACAUAUUGUAGUAAAUCACUGUCAGAGUCGUGUGUGCAAUAAACUACUAGGUGA